AUGGCACGCCAAGUCCACCGAAUCUACACAAUCGCCGAGGUGCAAGAAGUGCAAAACUGUUACAAUAUGGAACGAUACCUUCCAUUGCGUCGAAGUGACCGUGAAACCGAUCGAUACUUUGAGGAGAUGCUCACCGCCCAGAAUCAGCUCGUCUUCCAAUCGAUACGAUAUGCAAAGUCAGCGGAUUCUAGAACCAAACGACAGAAGGAAGAAGUUGUGUUUCAGGAGGCCGCGUUCUUUCAAAGAAUAGAAACUCAGUGUAAAUACGCGUUGGAAGAGUAUAAGGAGAGGAAUCGAGAGAUCGAAUGGAGGAAAAAAUUGGAAAGAGCGGAAAAAAAGCGAAUGAUUAAGUUGGGACUCCGGAAACCGUCACCGUCGACGUACAAAGAGUCAUCGUCUGAACCUGAAGAUGCCAAUUUUGAGGAUUCAGAUGAAAUUGAUGAGCGGCCGGCGGCGGUCAACGGGCGGUCCGCCGCGGUCGAAGUGGAAAAAGAUAAAAAUGGAGUGCCGAUUAAGAAGCGAAAGCUUGUGAAACCCAAAAGGAAAGGGAUCCAUCUUAUACAGAAGAGAGUGAUGGAGAGGGACCCAGUAAUCGAUAUGGGUGAUUAG